AGAAUCGAUGUAACGCAUGCUCAAAGCUGUACGAUUUCUCUUCUUUCUUCGGCGAAGGUCUUCAGCUCAGUCGAAACAUGUCUGACGUGGAAAAUGAUGAUGUGCCGUCUGCUAUGGCAACGGGUGGAAGUAUGGAUGUUAACACAGCAUUACAAGAAGUUUUGAAGAAUUCUCUUAUUCAUGACGGUGUUGUACAUGGUCUUCAUGAAGCUGCUAAGGCAUUAGACAAGAGACAAGCCAUGCUUUGCAUUUUAGCAGAUAAUUGUGAUGAACCAAUGUACAAGAAAUUAGUUCAAGCAUUAUGCAAUGAACAUCAAAUUCCACUGAUAAAAGUAGAUAAUAACAAAAAGUUGGGCGAAUGGGCUGGAUUGUGUAAAAUUGAUAGUGCGGGCAAAGCACGUAAAGUGGUUGGCUGCUCAUGCGUUGUCAUAAAGGAUUUUGGGGAGGACACACCCGCGAAAGAUGUUUUAAUGGAAUAUUUAAAGCAAAGCACUGUACAUUAAAAGUCUUUUAAUAAAAUAUUUGACAUAAAUUAA